CCUGGGUCUGUGUCUAUUGUCAUUAAAUUUGGCAAAUUUUCCGAUGUUCAUGCAAGAAGUAUUGGAACACGCAGAUUGCUCAGGAUUAUCAGAUAAAAUUUAAUACAUACUUAAAAACAUUUACGUUCAUCAGCAGAACUUACAAAAAGUAGGGAAUGUAUUUCUUUAAGAUCGCAUUGAUGGUCGCUAUAUGCAGCCUGAGCAAUGUUAAGACUCAAACAACGCACACUAAUAACUGGGCUGUGUUGGUUGAUACGUCAAGGUUUUGGUUCAAUUACAGGCACGUCGCAAACGUGCUCUCAAUCUACAGGAGUGUCAAACGACUUGGUAUACCAGAUAGCCAAAUUAUAUUGAUGGUUGCUGACGACAUGGCUUGCAAUCCGAGAAACCCAAGACCUGCCACUGUGUUUAAUAAUGCUAACCAGCACAUAAAUGUUUACGGAGAUGAUGUUGAGGUGGAUUACAGAGGCUAUGAGGUAACUGUAGAGAACUUUGUUCGUCUCUUGACAGGCAGGCUGCCUCCAGGGACUCCUCGAUCGAAGCAGUUAUUGACUGAUGAAGGGAGUAAUGUUCUAGUAUACCUAACUGGCCAUGGGGGCGACGGAUUCUUGAAAUUCCAGGACUCUGAAGAAAUAACUAGUCAAGAAUUAGCUGAUGCUCUAGAGCAGAUGUGGGAGAAACGAAGGUACCAUGAGAUUUUCUUUAUGAUCGACACAUGCCAAGCUGCUUCAAUGUAUGAAAAAUUCUACUCGCCAAACAUACUAGCUGUAGCAAGCAGUCUUGUUGGAGAAGACUCGCUAUCUCAUCAUGUCGACCCUGCUAUUGGAGUCUACAUUAUUGAUCGUUACACUUACUUUGCUCUUGACUUUCUGGAGAAAGUCGAGCCUGAUAGCAAGCAAUCGAUGGGUGAAUUUCUGAAAGUUUGUCCAAAACAAGUGUGCAUAUCAACAGUUGGAGUGAGAAAGGACCUGUUCCCCAGAGACCCGUAUAAAACUCCAAUCACUGAUUUCUUCGGAGCUUUGAGACCAAUGGAGUUUACGUGGGCAGGCCUCAACUUGACUGAGAAGAACGCGAAAGAGUCUGCUUUGGAUAAAAGAAUAGAGAAAACGACCAAGUCUAGGAUGCAAUAUGUGCAACAAUUUCCUACUGAACUCUUUGAUGACGCGAAGAGUUUUAAAUUAUAAUUAACAACGCAUGUAAGAUCACCAAGUUUGUUUACUUAAACCUUUCCACGGUACCAAUAAUAAUGAUUGGAGUAGAUUAAUUGCAAAAUGUAUGUGUUUUUCAUCAUAAAAUUGCAUUUGAGAACUUCUAAUUACGCGUGUUGAAGUUCAAUUGAUGUUUUUCUUGUCAAAAGCUUGUGGGCCACGAUUGUUAUCUUUUUUAUUAAUUAAAAUUUUUCAUCAAUGCUAAA